AUGGCGGCAUCACCCAGCGCUCAAGCGCUCCACGAGUCCAAUCGAUAUGAUGGCCAAACUUUCACCGGAGCUUCGAAACUGGAUCUACGGUUUCGGUACGCUCGUUGGCACAGGACCGCUGUUCCGCAAUUUGCUAACCCGCUAUCUGCCGAGCUAGUCGGCCCGGUAGAUUGUGUUAUGACGGUACCUUUGCGUGGCAUUUGCAGCAACCAGCAGGGAACACGUCCUCUAAGUCCCACUCUCUGGACGGACGGCGGAUUAUCACGAGUCUCAAAAAGGAUAGCGGCAGAAUACCAACGCCAGAUGCGUGACCGAAUCGUGAGUCUCGAAGGGUGUAGCAAAGUCGGCAUGAAUGUGGUUGAUUUCGAAUUCGCGAACGCCAGCACCUCACUCUUUGAGGCGCUUCGACCAGCAAUGUGGUUCAUAAAUACCGGGCCGAGCACGAUUAAGCUCCGCUUCACUGCAGACUUCAGCGUUCUUGCGGAUGACAGCAAGCAAGAGCGCAUAGAUCGUGGGCUUGACUUUCGCCAAAACAAUCAUCCCGCUGUUCAGCUUCAGCUCAAGGCCAAGAACAUUGGCAAGCCUCGCAGCGCGGUCGCGGCCUUUCUCAACUCCCUGGUCUCCAAGGACUAUGAGGGUGCAGAUUUCUUAGCAUUGUUGAGCAAAGUCAGGAAGGUGUACAGAGACAUGAGCUGGACGGCUUGGAAAGGGUGGGACGACCUGAACGACAACAACGGUGAUGAGAUUGAGAGACGGCUUGUGCAGGAGGCGGAUGUUCUGGAGGACGCCGCAGCGAUCGAAGAGCGUUUGAGGUUUCAGGAGACAGCGCCGAAUAUGGUGGGCCCACCUAGGCGCUCAAGGAGAAGCCGUGAGUGA